AUGUCAUUUUUAAACAAGUUUAAAAAAGAGUUUGAAGGGCUCAACUUGAGUGAUCGGCCGGGGCAGCAGCAGGGUGGACCCCCGCCAGCACCCGGCGCAUACGGGAGCAACUCUUAUCAGAAUCAGUAUCAGGGACAGCAACCUUACCAGGGAAACACACCAUCUCCGUAUUCUCCUCCCCAACAGCCAUACAAUCCAGGACAGCUCCAGCAGAACCCAGGCUUCCAGGCAUACACUGGUCCACCUCACAAUGGGCAUUCGUCAUUUAGCGGACAGCCAUACCAACCACCACCACAGCCACAACAUUACUCAGGUCAUCAACCUCCUAGUCCUCAACCACCUCCAUACAAUCCUUCUCCUCAAAUUCAGCAACAGCCACAACAUCAACCAUGGUCGCCACCACCAGCUUCCAUGGCGAGCCACCCAGUCCAUUCCCCUGCCGCACCCGUUGCUCCCUACGGUGUUCCUCCCCCAAGCGCACUGCCAUGUCCAACACCACCUCGCUGGAUACCUCACUGGUCAGAGAAAGACCAGCAGUGGUACUAUGUUGAAACCUCAGGUAGAAGCUCAUGGCAAGCGCCAUCUGAACUUCCCCCGCUGGCUGGCAUGCCAGCUUUUCCAGGCAACCUGAACGCUACCAAUAGAGCACCUGGUAGACAGAGUUUGACUCAUCCUCCACAGCCACAAUACGCAAACCCUCAAGAUUCGCGACCAACUUUGCCAGAAGGUGGCAAAAAGUCAUCCUCUUUUCUAGCAGCAGCUGGUGGUUUCACCGCAGGCGGCGUUGCCGGGUUCUUUGUCAAGGACCGCAUUGAUAAACGCAACGCAAAGAAGCGCCACGGUCAAAACACAGAAGACUUUGCCGACUUUGUCGAGUAUCCCGCCUGGGAAGUCGGCCUCGAUUGUAAUAUCUGCGAUCAAGCGAUAAGCGGCCCCUACGCGCACUGCAAGAAGUGUGACCACGGCGACUACGAUAUUUGUCGUGAUUGUCUUGCGCAGGGACAGAUAUGUGAUGGAAAAGGCAAGCAUAGUCUUGUCAAGGUGUAUCCCAAGUAUUACUGCGAUAUCUGCAACGUCCUGAUCAAGGGUGAGUUUUACUACUGCGGGAUAUGCAACGAUGGCGAUUGGGAUACGUGCAAGAGAUGCUUUGACAAAGGUUAUACAUGUAAAGCGGCUGAGUGUGGCGGGCGCCAUGAGAUGUCGAUGCUUUUUAUCCCGGAAGUCAAGUUCAAGAAGAAUGGCAAGGUUGAUACAAGUAGUUCAGACUCGGACUAG